CAAGCAUUUGAUUGGAGGAUUGGAGGAUGUUUCUAAUAAGGCAUAUGAGGAUGCAGAAGCUAAAGCAAAAUACGAAGCCGAGGCUGCUUUCUUCGCCAACCUGAAGCUGUCUGAUUUCAACAUCAUCGACACCCUUGGCGUUGGAGGUUUCGGACGAGUGGAACUGGUCCAGUUGAAAAGUGAAGAAUCCAAAACCUUUGCAAUGAAGAUUCUCAAGAAACGCCACAUUGUGGACACGAGACAGCAGGAGCACAUCCGCUCCGAGAAGCAGAUCAUGCAGGGGGCUCACUCCGACUUCAUAGUGAGACUAUACAGAACAUUUAAGGACAGCAAAUAUUUGUAUAUGUUGAUGGAAGCUUGCCUAGGUGGAGAGCUGUGGACCAUUCUCAGGGAUAGAGGCUCAUUUGAAGAUUCUACAACCAGAUUUUACACAGCAUGUGUGGUAGAAGCCUUUGCCUAUCUGCAUUCCAAAGGAAUCAUCUACAGGGACCUCAAGCCGGAAAAUCUCAUCCUGGAUCACCGAGGCUACGCCAAACUGGUGGAUUUUGGCUUUGCAAAGAAAAUAGGAUUUGGAAAGAAAACAUGGACUUUUUGCGGGACUCCAGAGUAUGUAGCCCCAGAGAUCAUCCUGAACAAAGGCCAUGACAUUUCAGCCGACUACUGGUCACUGGGAAUUCUAAUGUAUGAACUUCUGACUGGAAGCCCACCUUUCUCAGGCCCAGAUCCUAUGAAAACCUAUAACAUCAUAUUGAGAGGGAUUGACAUGAUAGAAUUUCCAAAGAAGAUUGCCAAAAAUGCUGCUAAUUUAAUUAAAAAACUAUGCAGGGACAAUCCAUCAGAAAGAUUAGGGAAUUUGAAAAAUGGAGUGAAAGACAUUCAAAAGCACAAAUGGUUUGAGGGCUUUAAUUGGGAAGGCUUAAGAAAAGGCACCUUGACACCUCCUAUAAUACCAAGUGUUGCUUCACCCACAGACACAAGCAAUUUUGACAGUUUCCCUGAGGACAGUGACGAACCACCACCCGAUGACAACUCAGGAUGGGACAUAGACUUCUAAUGUCAUUUCUCUUACCUGCUUCUGCCUUGCUGAAGACAGCUUUUUUCUGAGACACAGCUGCCAGCAAACCUGAGUGAAAUAGAGAAGAUUCAUGCUCGGGGUCACCAUGAUGCCUUUGAUCGAUGCUGCUCCAGUAACUACAGUGGCAUUAGGACUUAUUGCUUAGACGACAGUAGUGCUCUUCACAUGUUUUCUGUUUGAACCUAAAAAUAGCAGUUGACAUGGUGGUCCUGAAGCAAACGCCUCUCACCAGUAAAAGGAUGUUUUCUAUUGUUGCAAUGAUCUCGCUUCGCUCUGAUUCUAAUUUGAAAGACAGUAAGAAACACUUCCAUCUAGUCAGAGAGUCUGUACCUUGCUAGAAUUAUCAAGAAGAUUAAAAAAAUAAUAAUAUAUAGGGUACGAUAGAUUUCUAUGGUACAAAAACUGGGCUCUUCCCUUUCUUCAAGUGAGGGUUGUAGGAUCUAUUACCGCAGGCCGGUGUAUAUACCGUACCAACGAGGACCACGCCUCUGUUGGUCACAGAGUUCAUGUCAAACCAGUGGUAGAAGUUCAUGAUUUCAUUUCCCAGCAGUCCUGAUGACAAGACUGAAUGUUACCUUUCCUUUCUGACAGAUUUCAAAAAAUUGACAUGUUAAAAGCACAACUGCUAUGACUUCUGCUGAGAACUCUCAUAGCAGGUAUAUAUGCGUUUUCCACAGAGGAAUUGAAAUAAAAAAGCAUGCAUGAAUUCGUUUGUUUUUGAUAAAUUGGCAUGACAGAGUGGGGGAAAAAAGCAAUUCACAACCAUUUCAUAUGUUUUGAAAAUAUUGUGUUUAAAGAUGGUCCUGGAAAUAAGUGACUAGCAGCCAAUUGGUUUUUAUUUAUUACCUAACACACCCUCAAACUGAGGCUUAAAAUAUUCCCUUUUAUAAAAAUAAACCCUAGGGGUCAGGGUGGGGCGGGAUGGAGAGGGAUCAAGAUUCAUCCAAAAAAAAUAAAAAAUAAAAAACUAUAUAGGUGCUAUGUAUAUCUUUCAUCUGUAAAUGUCAGUGUCUGUUCAGACAACACAAAUUCUAAUCAUUACAUGUGUAGCCAGAGACUCAAGCAUUUCCACCACGUUUAUCAAACCAAACUCCUGUCAGAUUUUACUUAUACAACGUAGACUGGGUUGAGGGAGAAAGGUGAUUAAAAACUGUUUGAACUAGCUUCUUGUCUUAGGCCUGAACCCCUUCUCUCCCCUCUAAAAAAAAAA